GUUUGCCGGGCACUGCUCCAGACCUGGAAAAGAGGAAACAGAUUUUUGGGCAAAACUUCAUACCUCCAAAGAAACCAAAAACCUUCCUGCAGCUGGUGUGGGAAGCGCUACAGGACGUGACACUCAUCAUCCUGGAGAUCGCGGCCAUCAUCUCCCUGGGACUGUCCUUCUACCACCCACCGGGAGAGAGCAAUGAAGGAUGUGCCACGGCCCAGGGUGGGGCAGAGGAUGAAGGCGAAGCAGAAGCAGGCUGGAUUGAGGGGGCUGCCAUCCUGCUGUCAGUCAUCUGUGUGGUCCUCGUCACAGCCUUCAAUGACUGGAGUAAGGAGAAGCAGUUCAGGGGCCUGCAGAGUCGAAUUGAGCAGGAGCAGAAGUUCACUGUAGUCCGGGCUGGGCAGGGUCAGAUCCCUGUGGCCGAGAUUGUGGUUGGGGGACAUUGCCCAGAUCAAUAUGGUGACCUCCUUCCUGCCGAUGGCCUCUUCAUCCAGGGCAAUGACCUCAAGAUCGAUGAAAGCUCACUCACAGGAGAGUCUGACCAGGUGCGCAAGUCUGUGGAUAAGGACCCCAUGUUGCUGUCAGGAACCCAUGUGAUGGAGGGCUCAGGACGGAUGGUGGUGACUGCUGUGGGUGUGAACUCUCAGACUGGCAUCAUAUUUACCCUGCUUGGGGCUGGUGGUGAAGAGGAAGAGAAGAAAGACAAAAAAGGUGUGAAGAAGGGGGAUGGCCUUCAGCUACCAGCGGCCGACGGCGCAGCACCUGCAAACGCUGCAGGUAGCGCAAAUGCCAGCCUAGUCAAUGGUAAAAUGCAGGAUGGCAGUGCUGACGGCAGCCAGAGCAAAGCCAAGCAGCAGGAUGGGGCAGCUGCUAUGGAGAUGCAGCCUCUGAAGAGCGCGGAGGGCGGCGAUGCAGAUGACAAGAAGAAAGCCAACAUGCACAAGAAAGAGAAGUCGGUGCUUCAGGGCAAGCUCACCAAGCUGGCUGUGCAGAUAGGCAAGGCGGGCCUGGUGAUGUCGGCCAUCACGGUGAUCAUCCUGGUGCUCUACUUCACCGUGGACACCUUCGUGGUCAAUAAGAAGCCAUGGCUGACUGAGUGCACACCCGUCUACGUACAGUACUUUGUCAAGUUCUUCAUCAUUGGUGUGACGGUGCUGGUGGUCGCUGUGCCCGAGGGCCUCCCUCUGGCUGUCACCAUCUCACUGGCCUAUUCCGUGAAGAAAAUGAUGAAGGACAACAACCUGGUACGCCACCUGGACGCCUGUGAGACCAUGGGCAAUGCCACAGCCAUCUGCUCAGACAAGACGGGCACGCUGACCACCAACCGCAUGACCGUGGUACAGGCCUAUGUCGGCGACACUCACUACAAGGAGAUCCCUGAUCCAAGCUCCAUCAACGCCAAAACGUUGGAGCUGCUGGUCAACGCCAUUGCCAUCAACAGCGCCUAUACCACCAAGAUCCUC